AGGAUCGGGCCUCUCAUGGUGUUUGUCGCUGCGGCUGCGAGGCCGUCCCGCUGCCACCCACUCUGGCUCCUCGGAUUCGUGGUGCUGCUGCCUGGGACUUGCAGUCAGUGUGGGUCCCUGCCAAGGCUGAGUCAUGCCAUCCCCUCUGAUCCUAAUCGCACAGAGGGUUUCCCUAUCAACACAGAAGUGACGUAUAGGUGCCUUAAUGGUUUUGUUAAAAUCCCAGGAAAGUCGGACACUGUAGUGUGCCUUUCAAACUCACAGUGGUCAAACAUAGAAGAGUUUUGUGGUCGCAGCUGUCUUGCCCCACCAAGGUUAAAGUCUGCUGAGUUAAGUCCGGAGGAUUUGAGGAAGAAUUACUAUCCUGUUGGGACCACUGUGAGUUAUGUCUGUCGCCUAGCUUAUGAGAGUACUGGAUUGAGGCCUGUCAUUACUUGUCUUGAAAAUUUAACAUGGGCGGAAGCCCCUGAGUUUUGUCUAGGAAAAUCUUGUGGUGUUCCAGAAAGCCCAGAACAUGGCAGACUUGUUGAUGCAACAAAUAACCGGUUUGGUGCAAAAGUAAACAUAAUUUGUGACGAUGGAUACAAAGUAAGUGGGCGACAUUUCAUCCAGUGUUUGCUUAACAGAGAUCAAGUUGAAUGGAGUAAACUUCCAACUUGCCAAUCGAUUACUUGUUCUCCUCCUCCUAAUAUUACCAAUGGGCUGCACAAUGGCAAUCAUCUGGAAAGCUUUGACUAUAACACAUCAGUAACGUACAAAUGUGACCCUAAUUUCUCACUUACUGGAGAGGCCUCCAUUCACUGUACAACUAAAGAUAACAUCAAUGGAGUCUGGAAUGGGUCUGCCCCUGAAUGCAAAGGUCUGUGUGGGACCCUGCCAAGGCUCCGUCGUGCCAUCCCCCGUGAUACUAGUCGCACAGAGGGCUUCCCUAUCAACGCAGAAGUGACAUACAAGUGCGUUGAUGGCUGUGUUAAAAUCCCUGGAAAGUCGGACACUGUAGUUUGCCUUUCAAACUCAGAGUGGUCAAGCAUUGGAGAGUUUUGUGAUCAUGACUGUGGUGCCCCACCGAGGUUAAAAUCUGCUGCCUUAAGUAAGGAAGAUGAGAGGAAGAAUUACCAUCCUAGCGGGUCCACUGUGCGUUAUGUCUGUCGUCCAGGAUAUGAGAGGACCGAACUGACACCUGUCAUUACUUGUCUUGAGAAUUUAACAUGGUCAGAAAGCCCUGAGUUCUGUAGAGGGAAAUCUUGUGGUGUUCCAAAAGGACCAGAGCAUGGCAGAGCUGUUGAUGUAACAAAUCACCUGUAUGGUGCAAAAGUCAACAUAAUUUGUGAUGACGGGUUCAGAUUACAUGGGCGGACUUUCAUCCAGUGUUUGUGGAAAGGAGAUCAAGUUGAAUGGAGUCCACUUCCAACUUGCCAAGCGAUUACUUGUUCUCCUCCUCCUAAUAUUGCCAAUGGGACACACAAUGGCAGCAACAUGGAAAUCUUUCACUGUAACUCAUCGGUAACUUACAAAUGUGACCCUAAUUUCUCACUUACUGGAGAGGCCUCCAUUCACUGUACAACUAAAGAUAACAUCAAUGGAGUCUGGAAUGGGUCUGCCCCUGAAUGCAAAGGUCUGUGUGGGACCCUGCCCAGGCGCCGUCGUUCCAUCCCCCGUGAUACUAAUCACACAGAGGGCUUCCCUAUCAACGCAGAAGUGACAUACAUUGCAGAGUUUUGUGAUCAUGACUGUGGUGCCCCACCGAGGUUAAAAUCUGCUGCCUUAAGUACGGAAGAUGAGAGGAAGAAUUACCAUCCUAGCGGGUCCACUGUGCGUUAUGUAUGUCGUCCAGGAUAUGAGAGAACCGAACUGACACCUGUCAUUACUUGUCUUGAGAAUUUAACAUGGUCAGAAAGCCCUGAGUUCUGCAGAGGGCCUGGCAUUGAUAAACACAGCAUUGGCAUGGGCAUCGGCAUCGGCAUGGGCAUGGGCAUCAGUGCUUUCAGCAUUUGUGCUGGGAUCGUUGUAGCUUACAUUUUAGGGCAAAAGAAAAAACGUUCUUACAGUGUAAAUCUGGAUUCUACAACAGAACAUGAUUUCCAGAUGAGUGAAACAAAAGCUAAUUUGAUCUUGAAAGUAUAAAUGACAAAUGACUGAUGCUGGCUGAUGGCUAUGGAUUACACAUUAACUUUCACAACAACUUCUUUCCUCUGUUGAGCUGGACUUGUAGUACGAAUCCACUGCAUUUGAGUGCUUCUGAAGCAAGCAAGCUUACUCUUUAUAGCCAAAGGGAAUAGCACUUUCUUAUACAAAGUAAGCAGCAAUAAGCUUUUUUUAUAUUCAGGAAAUGUCUCACACUGCUGCUGAGAGGGGGUGUUUAUAAUCAAACACUCUAUCAUCUGUCUUAUAAGAUUUAAAAUGUUAUUUACACCCUUUUUUUGUGACUGCAAGCUGCACUGAGUUUUAUUUAGCAAUAAGAAGAAAUGAAGCAACUAUAAUUGAAGAUCACAGACCAGGGCCCCAUCCAUGUAUUUGUUUUAAACAACCAAAUGUUGGUCCUGUGCACUAGACUGCAUAUAUUGUUAAAUUGGCACAAACUUUCUUGCCUAAUAGAAGUGCUGUGACUGAAAGAUCAGAGCAAGGCUCAGUUCUGCUGCUCACAAGAUUGCAUACAUUAGAACAGGCCCCACCUGUUCCUGGAAUAGUCAUCACACACACCUCCCCCGCAAGGAGUUUCCAAGAAGGGUAAAACAUGUCAUUUCAUUUGACUACACACUCACAAUCUCAGCUCCCAGGCUGGGACUGACACUUAGGUAGGGUCCAACCCCUACCUUUAAUCUCUUGAAAGGUGAGGUUUGCAUUCAUGAAGCUUAAAGCACAGCUGUAUGACCAUGCUAUAUAGCUUGAUACACCAUUUCCUAGCAGCCUACUUCUCCCCAGGUACCGACCCGUACCAUCCCCACGGGCGUCCCCGGGCAGAGAAUCAGAAGCACCGGGGCGGGGGGAGAGCGCGGUACCUUCCCCUCAUCCAGCAGCGCCCGGGUGCUGUAGCGCGGGGAGCGGCCCGGCACCGCUCCGGCUCCUUCCUUGCUCUGGAUGCUGGAGCAGCCGCCGCUCUCUCGCGCGGGAGCCGCUUCCGGCUUUGUACCCCGCCCCCGCCUCCCCAUUGGCUGGCCAGGCGCCCAAUGGGACGCUGUUCCCAACUGCGCAUGCGCCGGAGGCCGAGUGUCGCGUCCCGUCGCGUCCCUCCCAGGCUGCCCCUACGCUAGGGACCCGCUACCUGAGCCGAGCCGAGCCAAGCCCGGCCCUGACGCAGAACAAAGACACCAGCAGACGGCGGCAGAGGCCUUAGGCCAGCCACAAGCCCGCCUCUGUCCCCUUGUUUUAUUACCCCAACCCCUGAACUUGCACAAAGGGGACAAGGGGGGGUAUUACCCACCAAGAGCAGGGACCAGCCCCUGCACCUUCACCUGGGGCAGGAGCUGCCUCAUUACCACCCCCACCAGCCCCCCGGCUCUCAGUGGGUAGGAAGACCUAGGUACACCCCCCACCCACUUCAGUGUCCAGCCAGUGCCACCGAACGCUUGCCCAAACAAACAGUACAUACUACGGGCUUGGAAGGCUCAACUGCAGGGGCCAAGACUACAGAAAGUGAGAAUAAAAUUAACAAAGAAGAGAGUUUGGCUGAAGACAUUUCUCUCAGGCAGAGUCUGCUGCGGGGUUGUCAGCUAAGGCUGCCUGCAACCCACGCUGUCUGUUGGCUUGCUAGGUGUGGAAUGAAAGGGUGCCUUCUGUAUAUACCCCAACAUUCAUUGUCUUUACUCCAAGGCAGGAUCAUCACCCAGGCCUUGUUUUCGCCUGCCUGCUUCUUUCUGUAGAGUUGGCAUCUCUUUAUUACAUAGACUUUGUAUGUAAACAGGUAUGCAUUCUGUUAUUUUACAAUGCUACAUUUACAUCCCCACACACAUGCAUCUUACAGAGUUUAAAACACAUUUCCAGUACAUACACACACACCUCCUUACAUAGUUCUGUACAACACUGGACCACACUAUGAAUGACUAGCAUGUCCCCAGCAUUGAGAGGUUUCAGAGUAACAGCCGUGUUAGUCUGUAUUCGCAAAAAGAAAAGGAGUACUUAUGGCACCUUAGAGACUAACCAAUUUAUUUGAGCAUGAGCUUUCGUGAGCUACAGCUCACUUCAUCAGAUGCACACAGUAUGCAUCCGAUGAAGUGAGCUGUAGCUCACGAAAGCUCAUGCUCAAAUAAAUUGGUUAGUCUCCCAGCAUUGAGGUGACACCUCACCUCACAUGCUUUGGGAGAACCAGAAUGUUUGUAUAGCAAACUCAGGAGGUUUCUGUACCUCCCUUACCAGUUGCCAUUAACCUUUUGUGUCACAAACACCAGACCCAUGGCAGAGAGUCAAUGCGGGGAUUUGUGACUAGCCACCGAGCCCUUUCGUAACCCAUCAAACAAGUAACCCCCUGGUCCCAGGAGGUGGAUUGCAGUGGCCCUGGGAUCCCUCUGUGUUGUAACCAGAAGGCAAUGCCAACCAAACACCCAGGUGAUGCAAAGGAGGUAAUCUACAUGUUGCAAUAGUACUGCUUGGCCUGUGACAUAAGCAGAUAGGUUACUUGUCAAAAAUCCAAAUACAUUUCUAUUUUGCCCCAGUACAAAUUACAAAAGGUACCUUCUGGUGUCAGUACCUGGAAUGCUAGUAUCUGAAACAAGGAGAAUGAAAGGUAUAGAACAAGUUACUCCCAAGGGCAUUCUGUACCAAAAGAAUAAAAAUUCUGUACACGAUA